AUCUGUUAAUGCUUUGGUGCGAGUUGCAUCGCAAAAGCUUACGCUUCAAAACACUUUUUAUAUUACUUUGGAUUUUAUUACAAGAUGAGGCCUGCAAAGAAAACUAAAAAACGAUCGGCAACAACAACAAUAUGCAGUUGCUGUGAUAAUACAACGGCCAAGAAAUCAUGCUCCACACCCACCAGUCCUCCACCAUCAAUAUCCACGGCAAUUCCAGUACAAGAAACGGGGACAUCUACUGGUCCAUCCAAUGCUCACAAUGGAUCUGGGAACAACACAAUCCAGCACAUCCAGGGUGUUGAUUUUAAUCCUGGACCCGUGCCACCCAAUGAAGUUGUUCUACCACAUCAACAACCCCCUCAGGUACCUGGACCCGUGCCACCCAAUGCAGUUGUUCUACCACAUCAACAACCCCUUCAGGUACCAUUCAACUACUCGGACGACUCUUCUUCAGAAGAUGAGGUCGACCCACCAGCAAAUCUUCAGGAAAUACUCAGCACGCACAUGAUGGGCCUUCUUCCGGAUACUGAUCGAGAAAUUUCAAGCUUCAGCUCCACAAAUGGACAAGGUUCCAACUGCAAUUCCGGAUCAUCUUCUACUGCUCAACUGAACUUGAUGGUUUACAAUCUUUUGAACUCGUCUCUUGCCCCAUCCACUAGGACCAAUGCAGACAAAGCCGAUAAAUACAGCAGUCAAUACAGCAACCAGUUGUCCGGAACUACUGCAUGGGGCGACGAAGAUACUGACGAUUAUGUAUCAGGGAUAGCCAAGGAUCGCGGUGUUGAUCUUAAUAUGGCGGAGUUUAACAGAAGUCAUAGACUCUGCAAACCAAAUUGA